AUGGGGGUUCCGUUUGAAGCUCUCCUCCCCUAUGGGAUCAUGCUCGGCAUGUUCGCCGUCUCUGGAGUCGGUCUGGCGCAGCUCAGAUAUAUGCAGAACGGCAGCAAGAGGAGCAGACGCGGACUCGAUGCAUGGGACAGGGUAAUGAUGGACCGCGAUCGACGAUUGACUGGAUUCGCGAGAGGACAAACCGACAAGGCCAUUGCGCCAGAGGGAUUCGAACUGAACAAUCCCUGGACGAUGGAGAAGCGUUUCUACUAG